AUGGCGGACCCCCCCCCCGAGUGGUUCCCCGCAAAGGGCGGCCCAGACGACCUGAGGCAGUACCUGAACCAGGGGGACAUCAAAUUCGAAAACGAAGAGCUGAAGAGAGAAAGAGAGGAAAUAAAAAAGGACCCCCAAUUUGUGCAAUGCGUAAAGAACAUUUGGACCAACGUGCUAAACAAACCACUGGAUGGCAAAUUCACAAAAGUAGAGUAUUUCAAAAUAAUGCUCCGAAUAUGUAAAGUGCUAAUUCCCCAAUUUGACAUUAAGGAGGUUAUAAAAAUUGUGAGUGAUGAAUGGAAGAAUGAUUGCAAAGGGAGGAAGUAUCUAAACUUUGAAUCCUUUUUUAAUGCCUUCUUCGAGCUGACUGACAUUUGGACUCCGACCAUAAAUGCGGAUGAUUAUUCCCAUUUUUUGAAGACUCUCUUUUACAGAAUCACCUUCAUCGAAAUUAGGAAGAAGAAUGGAGAGGUUGUUAGAAAGAAGCCCAUCAUUAUGAUACACUUUAGGAGAAAAGAAAAUAGAAAAAAGCUAUCUCUCUUUGAGAACCCAAUUUUGGGUUCUAAAAAUGAACAGAAUCAUUCUGAUGAUAGAUGCACGGGUAGCUUCAUCAAAAAUAUGAAAUCUAUAAAGAGGUUAUCUACCCAAGUGGACCAACUGCAAAAGAAAUUUACAAAACGGUUUAGCGAUAGCUACAAGUUGCAGGAGUCCUUCCUUUAUGAAGACGACCUCGACGCGCAGGACGUCUUGGACAGAAAUUUAUUUGAAAAUCUUCUGAACAAUAGAAGCCACGAUUCCUAUUUGCAGAGGAAUAUUGUCUUGCUGGAUGUGGAUGAGAUAAACCCGCUGGAGUACCUUGAUGAGGCAGACUCCCAGGAGGGCGAGUGCUCCCCCGGGCGGUACCCGCUCGGUGCAACAGGUAGGCAGGAGGGUGCAACGUAUAAUGGAGUGGCGGAUCAGCCGCACUGGUGUAGAAGCUCCCCUAUGUGGGGCAUCGCCCUUCGUUGGCACCCCCAACACACACCACGCGUACCACUCCCACCACUCACAGGCGAAGGAAAGACCAAAGAACAGAAGCACCAACUGGGGGAUGGCCCAACGGAGGGCGAAAAGAAACAAGGGGGAGAAGCGGUAGACCAGUCCCACUCAACCACCCAGGGCGGCACCGCAAGAAGGAACACCUUCACAUUUGCAGUAAACGCGGACAAGCAGAAUGAGGGAGACAAGGGAAGGAGGAAGACAGAGGGAUCCCUGGCAGGAGAUAUGAACGUGCUGAGGGGAAUUCGAGAGAGGACCAAGGGGGCCAGCGGGGAGGGAGAAGUGGAAGAGGGGAAAGGAGCGGAAGACGGGGGAGAAGCGGAUGGCGAAAAAAUCCGCCUGGAAAACUCCCUCCUCAUCGACGGAAUCAACUUUGCGGAAUUCACCAAAGAGUGCAAACUUGUCGAUUUGGAUGACCACGAGGGGGGGGGCGCUGCCAAGGGGGAAGACGCAAAUGGAGACGGUGCAAAUGGAGACGGUGCAAAUGGAGACGGUGCAAAGGCAGGCGGCGCAAAGGCAGGCGGCGCAAAGGCAGACGGCGCAGGUGCGGAGGAGAGGGGCCCCUUGAGUGACCCGGUCUCCACGGAGCAAAGGCACUUCCUGCGUCUGGACUCGAACCUGGAUUUUGGCGAGGAGGCGCUUGGGAAGGAGGCUCGGGGGGAGUUCCCCCAGCUGAGCAGCGGGGGGGAAGCGAAGGGAGAAGCGAAAGGGGAGGCGAAAGGGGAAGCGCACGAGAAAGUGAAAGAGAAAGGAGAAGCGAAAGGGGAGGCGAAAUCGAAAGGAGAAGCAAAAGCGAAAAGCGACGUGGAGGGCAACUCAACGGGUGAAGUAGGUAAGGAAGACUCCACAAAGGGAUCCCCACGAGGCAGAGGGGGGAAGAAGGCCCAGACGGGCGCCACUCAGGGGGGAGAAAAAGGAGAAGGAGAAGAAGUAGUGGGGGGAGAUAAAGGCGCAUCGGUUGGGGAAGGCAAAAAGGACUCUCUCCCUGGUGAAGGCGAGAAGGUCGCUCCCCCUGCUGAUGGUGACGAUGAAGUAUCGGCUCGAAAAGGAAAAGGCCACGCCCCGCUUGCGAAUCAACCCAAAGAAGACUCUGAAAAAUCGGUGGCGCAGAAUAUAGUCGAUGAGGAAGAACCGAAGGAUGCCGCGCAUGGCUCGGACGAAGAAUACCUGGAUGUGCUGAGAAGCAACUUAGCCAAAGGGGGAGCCGCUGAAGGGGCGGAGGACCACGCGGGCGAGCCGAAGGAUCAACCAGAAGGAAGAUCCAAAAAAUCAAUCGAUCUUCUUAAGGCUAAAAAUUACCUCGAAAAUGAGAAGCGCACUUUGGAGGAGCUGAAGCAGGAAAAGGACAAACUUAAGAAGGGGAAGAAGAACGACGCCAGCAUGGGGGAGCUGCUCGACGAAAGCAGGACCCUCUUGGAGAGACAACCCAGCGUGAGCGACGUGGAAGGAGCAGCUAAGGAGAAGAAGGUCCCCCUGGCAGACGGCUCAACCGACGCCACCUUCAACAUAAAGGACAUUUCGUUUGAUGACAAGCUGGACAAGGGGGUGCGGGCCAAGGGGGGGCAGGAGCAGAGGAAAGAGCAGAAGAAAGAGCAGGGGCGCGGGGAUGCAGCAAACGGGGGGGACGCCGCUAAUCAGGGGGACGCCGCUAAUCAGGGGGACGCCGCUAAUCAGGGGGACGCCGCUAAUCAGGGGGACGCCGCUAAUCAGGGGGAUGCCGCCAACCAUGGGGAGGAACUCUUCGCGACGGUGAACAAAGACAUGGCCAGCAAAAUGGACUCCUACAAGGGGAAUUUUGAUUUGUUUAUGAAGAAAAUGAAAAGGGGGGGCGCGUCCAAGGGGGGGGAGACAGGAAGGAGAGGCGGAGAGGAGGCGACCGAUGCGCACGCUGAUGGGGGUGAGCGGGCUGACCCUGCUAACCUUGCUGACCCCGCUGACCUGUCCGAGGAAGAGCACCUGGGCUGGGAGGACGAACCGGAAGACGGGGACGGAGACUCCCAGGCGAACGAGCUCCUUGGCGCGGACAGCCAAGGGGAGACCAGCAGCUCCGAACCGAAGGACGAAUUGUUCUACAGCUUGGAAAUUAAAAAGGACGUCGAUGAGAGGAACCAAAAUGGGAAAAGCGGGACCUCCCCCUUCGACGCCAACACGACCUUCAACGAAAUGGGGAAGAUCCUAAACGAAGUUAUCAUUCAGAGUGAGGCUGCCGUUUUGAAGAAGGGCCACCAGGAUGCGCUGUUGGAGAGGGGCUCCCCAAGUGGUGAAUUGGAGAUAGCGGGUGGCAAACCCCAGUCAAAGGGUGGCGAAUCACCGCUUGGGGGUGGUGAAUCACCGCUGGGGGUCGCCAAAUCGCCGCUUUUGAUUGACCAAACGGAGGAUGAGCUCGUGAAGCACAUAAUGCGCAACCAAGACGCUGUAAGAAGUAUCCUGUUUGAUGAUGACGAACUGGGGGUAAGUGGAUACCCUGGUGGGGAGAGCCCCACGGGGGGGGCCCCCACAUCGCCUCGGAAGGAAGACGAAGGGAAGGGAGCUCUCACAGGGGGGGCCCUUCAUACGGGCACAGAUGAGACAGCGCAGAUUGGUCAACAAAACGCUGUGGAAAGGGUGGCCACUGCUGGUGAGAAAGACCUGGAGAGUCACCUAGGCGGAACGAAACGUGAGUCGUUAGAGAGCAGUGCGAAGAGCGGUGGGAAAGAGGACGUGGUUAGCCAUCCUGGUGAGGCGAAAGGUGAAUCGCUAGAGAGGAGCAAAGGGGACCAGCCGGACGAGCAGACCAUGAAGGAGGAGGAGGGGUCUCCAGAAGGGGACACCAAAAAAAUGGAGGCUACAAAACUGGUCAUGGAAGAAGUGGAGGCUACAAAACGAGCCACGAAAGAAGAGGAGAGACCUGAGCGACCCACGAAAGAAGAAGAGCCACCUGGAAGAGCCACCAAAAAAGCGGAAGCUACAGAUCGGGCCAUGAAGGGGGAGGAGACACCUGAAAGAGCCACCAAAAAAGCGAAGGCUGCAGAAGGGGCCGCGAAAGAAGAGGAGACACCUGGAAGAGCCACCAACAAAGUGAAGGCUACAGAAGGGGAGACACCUGAGAGGGCUGCCAAACAAAUGGAGGCUACAGAGCGAGCCAUGAAGGGGGAGGUGGCUCCUGAAGAAGGCGGAGAGGGAGGUGCACUGGGUGGAGGCAUCCCCUCGGGGGGUGCUUCUCUCGAGGGAGGCAUCACCGCGGGGGGAGCGUCUCCCGGGGGAGGGUUCACCGGAGGUGCACCGCAAUUGCAAGCACUAACUGGGGGAGAGGCCGGCCCUGCUGGCGUGGCUACCCCUGCUGGUGUGGCUAACUCUGCUGACGUGGCUAACUCUGCUGGUGUGGCUACCACCGCUCCCCCCGCUAACGUUGCUAACCGCUGCAAGACGAAGUACCUGCUGGUGGAGGACUCGCACAAAAUGAGGAACUUCAUCAAAAUAAACCGAAGGAACAAGAGGGAGAACUUCCUAGUCCUGUCCAGGAGGAGAGAGCAGCACGUCUACAGUCUCGCCAAACGAUUGAAAGUGGCUCUCAUCGAGCCGUCUCUAGUAUUAAGAAGAAACGUAACGCUGGAAAAUCGAUUCUUGUCUCCACUAGGGAAACUAAUCAACGAAGAUCUGAAGGAGGGGAAGAGCAUCGACUGUAAGAAGGUGAUGGACCUCACAUUGGAAUUCCUAAACAGUGUGAUUUCCAAAAAUAAUGGUUCCCUUUUAUAUUUGACAGGAGAGUUUUUAAAUUACUGGGAGUACUUUCUCUGCAAAUGGAAGAAGCUCUCCUCUUUGAAUUACCUCAAUUAUAUGAGCUUCCUCAAUAUGAAUUUCCUUAAAAAUGUCCCGAAGGGGGAGGGGGUCACUCAUGUGGCUACGUUUCUCGUGGAGGACCGCAACUUGAUUCUCGCCAACCCCUUUAAGGACAGCUUCCCCUGCUUCUGCAUCCUUCUGCGGGAGCAUGCGGGGGUGGGCAGGCGCGAGGAACGAACCCAUGUGGAGCGCAUCUACGAAGACCUGCUGAACCUCUUCCGCGAAAGGAUCUCUGGACCACCCCAGAUGACAAACGUUGAUGGGAAGGAUGCUCAUCUGGGUGACAACUUAGGGAAAGAGAAAAAGGAAAAGACGAGCAACUCGUCCGGAGUCGCCUCUUCUGUGGGUUCUAGCGAGGGGGAAGAGGGGGAUGAAGCGGACGAGGGGGAUGAGGAGGCUUCAGAGGGGGGCUCUACAAAUGAGCAGUUUGAUGGAGACAACGAACAGGUGUUGCGGGUGUUAGAGAGGGAGCGACUUCCCGAAUCUGCGGACGCUACGGCCGCUACUAACACUACUAACACUGCGAGCGGCUCAGACCCUCCUGAAACGGCCGAUGAGGACGCGUGCGCAGAGGAGGAAUGCCUGACGGUGGGGGGGUCGGAGGAGAACUACGCCCAAGGGGGGCCAGCCACGGGUGAGGAGAGCGCAGAAGAAGGCGAGGCAGACGAAGGUGAGACCGAUGAGGAUGAGGCAGAUGAGGAUGAGACAGACGAGGGCGAAACCGACGAGGACAGCACAGAUGAAGGUGAGACCGAUGGGGAGAGCGCAGAUACGGAUGAGACCGGCGAGGGAGACGGCGAGGAAGGCGGCAAGGAAGGCGGCAAGGCCACCUCCCCCCGUAAGCAGCCCAGCAAAGAAAACGCAGAAGCAAAGCGAACCCCCCGAGGAAUCCUAAACGUAGAAAAUAUAAGUGAAAACUACCUGAGCCAAAUGAAUAAGGAGAUGUGCUACGUAUACAGGUGCGACGACCCUGUGAAGUACUACGGGGGGUACUAUGCCGAGCUGAGGGGGAGCGUCCGCGGCAUGAAGUUGGAGAGGGACAUUCGGCUGCUGGUCGAGCGGGUGCACGAGUUGCACGAGGGGGGAGCGGCAGAAGCGGCAGGAGCGGCGGGAGCGGCGGAAGGGGGGGAAGAAGCGGAAGCGGCUGAUACGGCUGAUACUGCUGACGCGGCUGACGUGUCCCGCGCGCUGGAGGAAAAGUUCGGCAUCCGAGUCAUCCGCGUGGAUUUGGUCGGCCAGGGGAGCGCCGGGAGACGCGGCAGGGCGAAGGGGCGAGGCAGACCGGAUGAACGAGACAAACCAGACGGGCCGAAGGAGGACUCCCUCUGGAACAUCUUCCACAUCAACAUGAUUAGAAAUGAAUUCUCCUACCAUGUGAAAAAUAAUUUUUUCCCGUUCAAGUACAGCCCGGAGGGGGGGUCUGGCGUUUUGGUGGUGAACCUGAGGAGGAGGGUCGCGGGGAGGGAGUCCCCCCUGGAAGGGGGCGUCGAGGCGUUGGAAGGCGGCAGUGGGGAUGACGCAGUUGAUCGAGUUGAUGGAGCUGACAUGGUUGACGCAGUUGACACAGUUGGUGGAGUCCCCUCCGAUCAUGGGGAAGACGCAGACGGGGGAGCCGCCCAGGCGAGUGGAGAGCAAGAAGGCCCCGCUCGAGGGGAGAGCGGCAGACAGGCGCAAUCCCAGUUAAGCGACCGCCAAAUGGCCAAGUUCAGCGACCGCCAAACGAACCUGCGCUACUACCGGCACUGGGGGGCCUUCUACAAGUACUGCCCAGUGACCUACAUCAACGAGAGGAGGUUCGCAAAGGGAAGGAAGCGAUUCAUGGCCACCUAUAAAAACAGAAUGUACCUCCUGGAGAGCGCAGCAAAGAUGAGGGAGUUCCUGAUGUACCCCAAAUUUUACUCGAGCAGAAAGAUAAAGGAAAACAUAGGCUUCACCAUGGUCAUUUAUUUUUCCAGCGUGGACGUGAAGAAAAAAGUUAUGAACAUGGUCAGGCAGAGGGAACGGGUGGUGCACAUCGACUUGGAGGACUACUUCGGGGGGGAGUUCCUCUCCGGGGAGUGGGAAGAGAAGGGGGAUGAGAAAGGAGCAGAAAAGGGGGAAGAAAAUGGGGCAGAAAAGGGGGAAGAAAAAGGAGCAGAAAAGGGGGAAGAAAAAGGAGCAGAAAAGGGGGAAGAAAAGGGGGUGGGGAAAUCCUACACCUGCGAAGACCCCCCCACCAAUGUGGGCACCCCCCCCAGCGUGGACACCUACAUGUUCGAGAUCAACCGACUCGUGGAGGGCAAAACGGUGUCGCCCCUCUUCAUCGUGCGGCACCUCUGCCUGCGGAUGAACAAGGCGCGCUCCUUCAAUGUGUUCGUCCUUCGCCAAGUGGAGGAGGCGCUGCACGAGUUGAGGCGGCAAUUUGAACGCGCCUUCGUAGGGGGGUGCACAAAUGGGGCGGACCACACAGAAGAGGGUUCCCAAGAAGGGGGCUCCCAAGAAGAGGACCCUACAGAAGAGAACCCCACAGAAGAGGACCCUUCAGAUGAGAACCCUUCAGAUGAGGACUCCCCUGGAGAGGCCCCCCCAGAUGAGGCCCCCCAGAGGAGCAUUUCCCUAAAGGCAGUGAAAAUCAGGGCGCUGCACAGCCUGCUAAUAGCGCAAGGGAGGUCCUCCGAGGCGGGCGUCCAAUUCACCUCCCUAUUGAGCGACCUAUUUAGGUGCACCACGUUGGGUAGCAUAAACGAAACGAUUGACCGGCUAAUCGGCGCAGUGGCAACCCAGCUGGAGGAUGAAAAUGGGAAGUACGCCCAGGAGCUAGAAAGCCGAAGUGACUAUGACUUUACGUCGGGGCAACCCUCUUUAGAUGGCCCCCCAUUGGGGACCACCCCUCGAGGCACCCAUUUCAUCAUAACGGGGCUGCCCCUGAACAGCAAAGUGUUCGAGUACCUAAAAAGAGUGAACCUCCAGAUUGACACCAUCAUCGCGUUUGAUUUGAAGAAGAAGGAGAAGAGGCAAAUGAGACAGAAGAUCUAUGAGGGGGUAGUGAGACGAACCGAGAGGGGCGGUGAUGCUGCAAGUGAAACUGGAUGGAGGGAGGACCCCAUGUAUGUUUGCAGCAAGCACUACACAAAAGAGUUGGAACGCCUGAGGAAAGCAAAGUACCAGGUGCAUUACCUCAAAAUGGGCACCGAGAUGAACCCAAAUUAUUUUGCAAAUGAAGUGAGGAAGAUGCUGAACCCGUAUGUGCACUCCUAUUAUGACUACAGCGAGGUACUGAGGGAUGAGACCCUGGCGGACAAGCUACUCUGCUCCUUCACCAAUGUGUAUUGUCCUUACGUUUUAGCGAAGCAUAAGUGGCUUUAUAAAAGCUCGAAAGGUGUAAAGCUGGUCUAUGGAGGGAAGGUGCACCACCUGUCUAACCUAUAUAAUGCGUUCCAGUUUAGCCAAAGCAAAGAAUCCUACUCGGGAGAGUUGCCCGUGCCUCCCUUGAGGGUGCUCCUCCUAACUGAUGAGGGGUGCCAUUUUGCAAAGGAAAUUGAGACCAUUGCGUGCAAAUUGUUUCUGCAGUGUGUAGAUGUGCAGAAGGAAUUUACCCAAACAUUUGGACCCGCCUGCAUUUACAUCCUCAAAUAUGUUUACCUUUUCAAGCUCACGGAUGGAAAGAACAGGAAGAAGAGGAACCAUGUACUUGGGAACUUCCUUUUGGGUUCUAACUGGCUAGCUAAAUUUCAAGAGGGUGAAAUUCACCUGAACAAGGCAGAUGUGGACUACUUAGAGAACAACAUCAGCUGCGUGAACCCCUCGGAGGAGUACUCACUGGAGGAGGAGCAGCAAAUGGUGGACGUGCUCUUUUCGCGCGUCAAGCCUUUCAACCUCGUUUUGAACGUGGCCAAAAUUGUGGCCAUGCGCGUCGUCCUGCAUGAGCGGCUGGGCAAGUGCAUCAUCCGGUUCUCCCCCUCGGGCGGGGGUCUCUUCCGCGCGGCGUCCGGCGCGCAGGUGAGGCGUUGCCUCGGGGGGCGCGCGCAGCGAGGUGGGCAGCAAGAUGGGCAGCAAGGUGGGCAGGGAAGUGUACAUGGAAGUAUCUCUCAACGUGCCUCUCAACGUGGUGGCGACUUCUCCGAUGGGGCCUCUUCACAGGGGACCCCCUCCGAGGGAGAGGCCGCCCAAAGUGACCCCCCCUCGGAGGAAGACCCCGACGCCUACCUCCAGAACAACCCCAAGGCAGAGCAAAUUAAAAAAAUAUUUUUAAAAAAAAACGAAAAGGAGUUGCUAAACAGUAAGUACCGCUUCCUAGCAGAAAACGUGUUAAACUCUUUUGAGAAAAUUUUGAAAUGCGCCUUUAGGAUCCCCGAGCAUGUGAUUUAUUUGAAGUGUAGCCUCAAAGCGUCGUGGGAGAAGGCAGGUUGCUUCAACGAAGGAGAGGCAACCCGCAGCAAAGGGGAUAGCCAGAAAAAGGAAACAAUCAGGGGGGAGAACUCCAAGGGGGAAAAGAACACACAAACCAAACAUCCAUUCGCAGAGGUAGAAAAGAGGCUACUCAGCAAAAUAAAAAAAACGUCGAAGAAAAACCAGCAAAUCGUCAACCGAUUGAGAAACAACACCAACGUGUGGUGCAUCGACGCAGGGAAAAUACACAUGACGAAGGUGAAGGCAUCCAUAGAGAGCAAACUGAGAGGCCUACUCCAGCAUAGGAACAGUCUCUUCCAUCAGCUGAACGUAAAGAGGGUAGACAAGUUAUGGGCUCACUUUUUAAAAAAAAAUAACUACGCCAAAUUGUCCGUUUUUUAUUAUUACUCUCCGGUUAACAUCGAUAGCUUCGUGGACGUAGACACGGAGUACCUCCUUCUGUAUAACUCGUUUUUAUUUUAUUUCAAAACGGAGGAGGAGCUGAACAUGUUCAGCAAGAAUCCCAUUUGCUACUUGAAACAGAUGAAACCGGACCCCUGCUUUGUCCUCCCAUUCGUACUCGUCUAUUCGGAUGGAAAAAUGGAAGACUUGUAUGAUGAGUUGGCCAGGAGCACCAAAUGUGCGGUGAUUCACCUGCAAAGUUUACUCUCCUUUGGUUCCCAAAUUGGCACAUAUAAGCAACUUAUGCAGACGAACCGCUUAACCGAUGCAGACAUCAUGGAGCUCCUGCGCAUUCGGAUGAACCAGUACGAUGUCCUCGCUCAUGGGUGCAUCCUGUGCAACCUCCCCUAUAGCAAGUGCCAACUGGAGCAUCUCCUCAAAGAGAAAAAGAUCCCCCACUUGGUUUUUAUACUGCACAGGGGGGGGAGGAGGCCCCCAGUGGGAUCAACCCAUUCGGAAAGUGCCGCCUCCCAAACGGUGCAGAAGAACCAUGCAGGGGGAAGAAGGUGCCACCCCCCGCGCACUGAAGAGACAUUCCCCCAGUACUACCCAUUUGUGAAGUACCUCGAGCAGACGUUCAAGCCAAAAUAUAACAACGUAAUCCACGUAGAGCACACAAACGUGUGGAAAAUGAAGUGCAAGCUGACGAACGAAAUAGAGGAGACAAUAAAAAACUACCAAAGGUACAAGCGAUACAAGUACAACCACAAGACGGCCUACUUCAAAGGGUUCAAUCUGGAAGAAAGGGAAAAUUAUGAACAGGAAAUAAAGUUUGAUCACUACUGCCUAGUUACGUAUAAGAACAAAAACAUUUUGCAAAAGUGCAAUGUAUUCGACCACUACACAGUGAACCAUGACGGUUGCUUCUACCUGGUGAGUACCCCCGAGGAAGUGGCCACGUUCGAGAAGAACCCCGCGGAGUUCACCGCCAUAGAGGAACCGCUAGCCACAUUCGAAAAAAUAGACCAAGUGGAAGAAAAUGAGAAAAUCGAAAAUGAAGGCUUCUGCUUGGUCAGCCUGAGGGACCAAAACAAUUUCGUCAAGGGGAACAAACAGUGCUGCAUAAAGUACCAACAAAAACUUUACCUGUUCGAAAAUGAAGAAAAAAUGGAAAAGUUUGUAAACAAUCAUGGGGACUACUUAAACAAUCAAAAUAUUUUCGAAAUUAUUUUUGAAAAAAUGAAAAACCAAAAUGAUGUCACUACGAUGGUUUAUCUGAAGACCUACCUGUAUGACAUCCUCUGCCAGGCGCUGUACGAGUUGGGAAAACACCGACCGCUUUACCCCGGGCUGAGCGUGAAGCUGAGUGCCAUUAAAUUCCUGGCCUUCUUCUUCUACAAGGAGAACAAACUCUUUUCAGCCCCCCUGCGCAGGUCUUACGAGCAGAACUUCCGCUCCUUCCUGAGUGACUGCCAAAUACCCAUCCAUAUACAGAAGCUGCGGGAGAAGUUCCAAACCAGCUGCACGAGCAAACGCCAGGACAUACGGAAGCCCACCAAGAAGUGGACCAAGCGGGACGUGGAGAAGUACGAGGCGUUCGUAAACCUGUACGAUAAAAUACUGUACUCGCAGCGGCGGGCGAGGGGUGACUGA